GCGCGCGUGCGGGACGCAGGCUCAGCAGCCGCGGCGGCUCAGCCUGCGGCGGCGGCGGCAGCCCGUCUGGAGCGGCCGCAGCGAGGACGCCAGCUGCAGCGGGGGAGGUGCAAGCAAGGGCUGCGCGUUGCGCCGAGCCGGCGGGCGCCGGGAACAGGUGAUCCUAGCGGGAGCCCCGAGCCCCGCCGAGUUGGCCGGGGCGGGAACCCGCUCUUGCCCGGUGCAGCUGCAGCUGCCCAACGCGGGGCUGAGCGCCCGGCUCUCCUCCCGGCUCGGAGGAUCGGGGCAGCUCUUUGGUUUGCGUAGCCUCGGGAAGCACCCCUUCCCUCCCGGGCUCGAUCCCCGCAAGGCCAGUGAAGUGCGGGUUCCGGGGGUGCUCGGGCCCUCGGCCGCUCCCCCGCCGAGCAAAGUUGUGGACGUGUUCCGAGAGCCGCGCCGGGGCGCUGCCGCGACUCGGCCGCCCGCGCCCCGAGCCGGCCCCCCUCUGCGAAGUACCUCAGCCACGGAAACUUUGGGAGCGGGCGAGAGCGGGAGCGAGGCCGGGGGUCGGGGCCUGCGGACGGCCCUGGGCGCGGCGGCCGGGAUGUGACGGCCCCGGCGCGGCCGGCGCGCGGGAAGGCGCGGGCUCGGCGGGCUCGGCGGGCGCCGGGCGCGGCGGGAGGGGCUGCGGCGCGCGCUGACGGACGGCUGCCGGGCCCGGCGCCUGAGGACCGGCUCCGGAGUCGCUCAAGUUCGGGGCACGGUGGGCGGGCGGCCUCGGCGGGCCGAGCCCUUCGCGGACACGUGCCUACUGGCCGAGGGCCUCCGGGGGCCGGGAGGGCGGCGCCAGGCCCCCAGCCCCCGUGGCCAGCCACCAUGCUUUUGAGGAAAGUGCCGGGCUUCUCGCCGGCUUCCUUGUGGGGGCUGCGGCUGCCGCAGAAGUUCCUCUUCCUCCUCUUCCUGUCGGGCCUCGUCACCCUGUGCUUCGGGGCCCUCUUCCUGCUGCCCCACUCCUCUCGCCUCAAGCGCCUUUUCCUGCCUCCGCGGAUCCAGCAGCCUGGCCUGGAGGUGGUGGCUGAUCUGGCCAGCCACCCCCUGGCUCGCGAGCAGGAGCCGCCUCCCAACCCGGUUCCUGCGGCCCCUGCACCGAGCGACGAUGACCCCAGCGGCCAGUCCAGCAGCCGGCGCAAGAAAGGUUGGUCUCGCCGCCAGUGGCCCACUGUGGCGUCCAGGCGCCAGGAGGACCGCGUCCCGUUCAGCUUCGACUUCAACGCCUUCCGAAGUCGCCUCCGCCACCCGGUCCUGGGGAGCAGGGCAGAUGAGAAGGGGGAAUCCUGGAGCCCAGUGCGAGCCCAGAGAGAGAAAAUCAAGGAGAUGAUGCAGUUUGCCUGGCAGAGCUACAAGCGCUAUGCCAUGGGUAGGAAUGAGCUACGUCCACUCACCAGAGACGGCUACGAAGGCAGCAUGUUCGGGGGCCUCAGCGGAGCAACCAUCAUUGAUUCCCUGGACACUCUCUACCUCAUGGAGCUCAAGGAGGAGUUCCAAGAGGCCAAGGCCUGGGUCCAAGACAGCUUCCACCUGAACGUGAGUGGAGAGGCAUCCCUGUUUGAGGUGAACAUCCGCUACAUUGGAGGACUACUUUCUGCCUUUUACCUGACGGGGGAAGAGGUGUUCGGGAUCAAGGCCAUCCAGCUCGGUGAGAAGCUCCUGCCUGCCUUCAAGACUCCCACCGGAAUCCCGAAGAGCUCCGUGAGCUUCAAAAGCGGAAACUGGGGCUGGGCCGCAGCAGGCAGCAGCAGCAUCCUGGCUGAGUUUGGAUCCCUGCACUUGGAAUUCUUACACCUCACCCAGCUCUCCGGCAAGCAGGUCUUCGCAAGAAAGGUCAGGAACAUCCGCAAGGUCCUCAGGAACAUGGACAAGCCCUUCGGCCUCUACCCCAACUUCCUCAGCCCAGUGAGCGGGAACUGGGUGCAACAACACGUCUCAGUAGGAGGACUCGGGGACAGUUUUUAUGAAUAUUUGAUCAAGUCCUGGUUGAUGUCGGCCAAGACGGAUGUAGAAGCUAAGACCAUGUACUAUGAAGCCUUGGAGGCGAUUGAGACCUACUUGCUGAAUGUGUCUCCUGGAGGCCUGACCUACAUUGCCGAGUGGCGAGGGGGCAUUCUCGACCACAAGAUGGGGCAUCUGGCCUGCUUCUCCGGGGGCAUGAUCGCUCUUGGUGCCGACGAUGCCAAGGAGGAGAAGAGGGCCCACUACCGCGAGCUCGCAGCCCAGAUCACCAAGACGUGCCACGAGUCCUACGCCCGCUCAGAUACCAAACUAGGCCCCGAGGCCUUCUGGUUCAACUCCGGCCGAGAGGCAGUGGCCACCCAGUUGAGCGAGAGCUACUACAUCCUGCGGCCCGAGGUAGUGGAAAGCUACAUGUACCUCUGGCGCCAGACCCACGACCCCAUCUACCGGGAGUGGGGCUGGGAGGUGGUGAUGGCCUUGGAGAAGCACUGCCGGACAGAAGCCGGCUUCUCAGGCAUCCAGGACGUGUAUAGCGUCACCCCCAGUCACGACAACAAGCAGCAGAGUUUCUUCCUGGCGGAGACCCUGAAGUAUCUCUACCUUCUGUUCUCCGAUGAUGACGUGCUGUCCUUGGAAGAUUGGGUAUUCAACACCGAGGCCCACCCGCUGCCCAUCAACCACUCGGACAGUGCCCACAGGGCAUGGGGCCCCCGCUGAGAGCGCCCCUCCGCCCCCAGGCCGCCUCAGGGAUGCCAUGCCUCUUGGGCAUUUGGGACUGCCCUCCCAAGGGACCGAGCUGGCCAGCUGUGUCGGACGGAUGUGCCAAUCUCCUCUGUGAGGAGACAGGCUCAGAGACACCACCGCCACCACUGAGCUGUCAGAGCAGGCUGCAGCCACGCCACGCCCCACAUUCCUUUCUACGGAGAAGUUUGUAAGAACCCUGUAAACUCUUGGCCAAUGCCAAGGCCCAGAGAUGGCCAUGGCCACGGCAGGUGGCCAGCUCACCUGCCUCCUUCCAGGCUCGACUCUGUUGGGCUGUUUCUCUCCCAUUUUGUCUUGCUGUCCCGGCAUCAUGUGUUCCCUCGAAUCACGUCCUCCCAAGAGGCUGGCUUUGGGACACUUGUCUGCAGGCAAGCCUCCACGUCUGGGAUCUUCCAUUGUUCAUGCCCCAUCCUCUCUGCAUCCACUUUCUUGUCCAUUACCUUAUCAUUGGAGGAGAGGUCUCCUUGGAUGUAGGCCUGAGCUUUGGGACUCCCCAGCGCCGUUCCAGUUGUGACGGACAAGUUUGUGAAGAAGGAACAGAAUUAACUGAUAGCAGUGAGACAGCCCACGCACCCUCUGCAGGCCCCAGGAAGGGUGCUGGGCCAGACAUGGGCCUUGGGUUCCCCCAACGAAGGAUGCCCUUGUCCUACCCUGCCUUAAGUCAGUCCCGAUGAAUUCAAGAAAUGUGAGCUGGAGAUGCAGCGAAGCCAGAGAGGGGCAGCCACCUGCCUGAGGGCACACAGCCAGAAAAUAAGAUACAUAUGAGCAUCACCCCUGCCCUCCACCCUGUCCUGACCACCCCAGUCCCAGGCCCGGCCACACCCUUUCAUGAGACCCAGGACAGAGAGGCCCCCAGGGAGACAGAACAGAAAGGUUCCAGAGGUAACUGAUGGGAGUGGGGGACAGUCAGGCUCGGCAGGUAGCCAGGGCCAG